UUCAACAGUCGCGUCCCUCAAUCUUCUCGGUCGUCCAUCUGUCGUUGCAAGACUGAAGCUGGCUUUCCAUUUACGUCGAGCAAUUGCGUGAUAUUCGCAGUCAUUGCAAUUCCAUGACUGCCUCUGGGGUUCAUAGUAGUUCGCUACCAGAGCGAACCAUCUCCAAUGACACAUCUUUUCUGGACCCGCCGAUUGUGCCAUUGACCUACCAUGGAUCGGCAGACAAUGAGAAACCACAUUCUCUAUACCGAGAUAUAGAGUCUAGGAGUCUACCGGACCAAGACGUGUCUUAUCCGGAAGGAGGCAAAGGCUGGUUGGUCGUCUUCGGAUCCUUCUGUGGCAUGCUUGCAGCCCUGGGGCUUAUGAACUCCAUAGGUAUCUACCAGGCGUAUAUCGCCAGAAAUCAGCUAGUCGAUUACACGGAAAGUCAAAUUUCUUGGAUAUUCAGUGUAUACUCAUUUCUAUCUUUCUUCUGUGGUGUACAGAUUGGCCCAUACUUUGACGCCAAAGGACCUCGCUUCUUGGUACUAGUGGGGAGUAUCUGUCUUAUAGCUUGUACCCAGCUGCUAGGUAUAUGUACAAAAUAUUGGCAUUUCAUGCUUUGCUUUGGAGUUCUUGGAGGCAUUGGAACGAGUCUGAUAUUCACGCCUGCGGUCUCCAGUAUCUCUCACUGGUUCCUCUUGAAACGUGGCAAUGCGACUGGCAUUGCAGCCACUGGAGGUGCCGUUGGUGGUGUCAUCUUCCCUCUAAUGCUCCAGAAUCUUUUCCCAAAAGUCGGUUGGGAAUGGGCUACUCGCAUCCAAGGCUUCAUCUACAUCGGGCUUCUACUCAUGGCAAAUCUCUUCAUCCGCUCACGCCUCCCCCCCAAGCCUGGUGGCAGCGUCUUGCCAGACUUUAGAAUCUUCCGGGACGUGCCUUUUGCUCUGACCACAGUCGGAGUCUUCUUCGCCGAAUGGGGACUGUUCAUUCCGAUAUCUUACCUUACAUCCUACGCAUUGAAUUCGGGCAUAUUUGGCGAAACAUUUUCCUAUCAACUCAUCGCUAUAUUCAACGCUGGAAGUGUUAUUGGCAGAUGGGCUCCUGGGUAUCUCGCAGACAAGGCUGGGAGAGUAAACCUGAUGAUCGUCUGUCUCAUCUUGUGCGCUUUUUCGUCGAUGGGACUCUGGCUUCCAGCAACAGUUCUCUCUGCAUCUGGCAGUGGUAGUGAUUCGACAAUUAUGGGCCUCACAAUCUCGUUCGCCAUCCUUUUCGGAUUCGGCUCUGGGUCCAACAUCAGUCUGACCCCCGUCUGCGUUGGGCAGCUUUGCGAUACAGAAGAGUACGGCAGGUAUUACAGUACUUGCUACACUCUCGUAUCGCUUGGUACACUGACCGGUCUACCGAUCGCAGGAACAUUGCUCGAAGCCUGCAAUGGCGAGUACUGGGGACUUGUACUGUUCACAGGCUUAUGCUACAUAAUCUCGUAUGUUGCAUUCUCGUGGGUCCGAGUGAUGAAGCAGGGAUGGGGGUUAACCAAGGUCUAUUGAGUUAUGGUACCAUUUUUAGGUGUAAACUGUACAAAUUCUUGGGAUGAUAGCAUUAUUGGCCAAUGCAUGGCGAAUGCAUGGCGAAUGAGGCUCCUGUAAAGAGCUGAUGAGGCAGAUCUUAUCUCAGUCUUGAGAGUAUUAGCCUUAUGACAGCUACAAUUUUGAUCGUAAUGAGCACCUGGGAAGGUUGCCAGGAGUCGGUGGAGCACCCAAAAGUUCGUCGC